AGGUGCAGGGCUGGUUCCACCCCUGGGCUCUCCAGAAAGCUGCAGUGCCUGCCUGGGUGCCAAUGCUCAGUGUGUACCUCGGCCCUGCCAGCCCUGAAAUCCACCUCUGCCACUCAGAUUUGAUGCUCAUCCCUCUGCUGUGCUGAGGACUGACUGGGUGUGGCAGAUGCUGCAGUUCCAGCUUGUGGUGGUGCAUUUGGCCCUUGUGAUUGCCCUGCUGUGGUGGAACUCCAGCUCUGUGCUCCUUGCACAGGCAGCUCCAGAGCCUCUGGAGCCUUCUGCUGCUCUGGGUGUGGGAGACCAUCCCACUGCCAGUGAAGGGAAGUCAGCCACCAACCUGGCAGCCAAACUGUUCCUUCUUGAUGACUUGGUGUCUCUGGAGAACGAGGUGACUGAGACCAAGAAGAAAAGAAGCUUCCCAGGAUUUGGCUCCCCCAUUGACAGAAUUUCCUCAUCCUCUGUGGAUGCAAAAGGCAAACAGAGGAAAGUGCUGGAGCUGCCUAAGAGAAGGUUUGGAGUUCCUCUGGACCGGAUUGGAGUGAGCCACCUCAGUGACACCAGGGCUUAGCAGCUCCUGCAGAUGCUUCUAUUCUGAACGAGUGAUGCUGUAUUGGAAACAUUACAGAGUUUUGGAAGCUGCCUCACAGCAUGUCUUGUCUUUGCCUAAUGAUACAGCACUGAAGGAAUUGACCUCCUGCAAAAUCUGUUUCAAGUUGCAUUUUACAAAUAUUGCAUUUACAAAUAGUAACAUGUUCAGUUCAUCAGGUCAGAAUGCUCACAGCUGUGCACAGUGUCACUGGUAGGAGGGAACAGAGAAUAUGUAUAUAUUUUUAUUGCAUGGCAUUUUUCUGUUAAACUUGCAGAAUUUUAUUAUCCCAGGCAGGACUGAGGUUUUUUGGAUUGAAAAUAAAACUUCUAGAGAUGCCAACAGCAGUCCAUGAAAAGCAGAGAGUUUGCUUUGCACAUUUCUUUCUGGAGGGGAGCUGAUCAGUAGAUGAAGGGAGGAUAUGGCAGUUAUGGGACAAAGCUAGAAUGAUUUUGAGCUGCUGUUUGGGAGAUGUUUUCUGCCUUCACUAGGAGUUAGUCUGAAUAAGAACAGUGACAAGACCUCAGUAUUUGUCCUGAUGUUUUGAGUAGUCUCUCUCUUAUCUCUACACCAUAUUUAGACAUGUUUUCGUCCUAUGGCAGAUCCUGAAAUGUAGUGAGACUUUUAGUUGAUGAAUACAUUUCACUCCUCCCUAUGCAUAACAUAGGAUAGUGUCCAAAUAUGAGGUCAUCCACUUCCAAGGCCAUCUGCAUCAUAAUGCCUUAUUUUAGCCUCUUGAUGUGUGCACAGGGCACAGUCAGAACCCAGCUCUAAAAGUUCAAGUAUUUCUCACUCUGGUAAAAUGUAAACAUGUCCUCUCCACUUCAAUUCAGAGUAAAACAGGUUCUCUUAAAUCCUCUUUCAUCCUUUUCACUUCUUUCCAGAUUAAAAAAUACAGCUGAGAAGAGCUCUCUGCUGACAUCUCAAUGCUCAGAUUCCUAGUUGAUGUUUUCUAAACCUCACAUUCUCCUCCUUCUUGGACUUUGGUCCAUAUCAGCUAAAUUCCUCGGAUUGCUAGUCUGGGGUAUAAAUCAUCUUUAGCAUUGCAAAAGAAGAUCCAUUGAGAAAGGGAUUAUUCAGGAUUAAGGAAAAAAAAAAGUUAUUCUUGCCGAACACCCUGUGUUAGGCAGGAGGCAAUGCUGGAGAUGGGAAUCAAGUGUUAAUUUCCUGAUCUUGUAUGAGGCACAAAGCACCUGGCCAUCAGCUAGCAAAAAAAAAA